AUGAGCCCUGCUAGCGCACUUAAGAAUACCUACAAAUUCCCAGAAUCAGCAAAGUUGUCCUCGUCCGAGAGUUAUCUUGGUUGGAUAUAUCGGAUAAAGAGAUUUCUAAGAAAUAAUGACUUAGGACUAGCAAAUUUCGUGGAAACUGGAAAACUGCCGAUCCCAGUGGAAGACGAGACUCAAAAAAAAAAAAAAGUCCUACGUGAGCAAGCAGAUGCUGCAGUCUUCAUGCUCAUUAGAGAAUCUCUUCAGCCUGAAGUGAGUAAAAGACUACCUCCAGAUAUAAGAGGAGCUGACAUCAUGUCACACCUUGCGCAGUCCUAUGUGAAUCCCUCUAUCAAAGAGGAAUACUACUACUUCAAGAAAGUGUGCAAUCAAGUUUCAGCAAAGAGUGUCAGAAACAUGGAACAAGCAAUUGAUGCAAUGCAGAAGCUAUCAUACCAGUUAGAAGGUGUCUAUCCGCUUCCGGGGUAUGGAUGGGUCUUCCUUGCUUUGACGCUCAUUGACAGUCCAAUGGCUGAGAAUCUGAUUCUUACUUCGUGCCCUGAGAAUGUCACUCUUGAAUACUGUAGAAGAAUGGCAGUUCCAUUCAUCAGAAACUUGAGUAACACUGACCAAGUCUCAAAUCAAGUCUCAUAUUCUCAACCUGACUCUGAAACAAAGACAAGAAGGACGAAAAGUAAAAGACGGAGUCGCAAAGAGAUAGUAUGCUUCAGGUGUCAACAAAGAGGACACACAGCGACUAUCUGUCCUGCGCCGGUAGCCAUCCCAAGAACUAUGGCUCAUAUGAGAGAAGAAUCGAAUCUAGACAUCACAUCUGGUGCCACUGUGCAAAAAGACAUGGACUAUGCAAUGCGUCUUGGACCACUUGACGAUGAGUCUUAUUGGUUAGGCUCAGGAUGUACCAUUCACAUUAGUAACAACAAAAGUCACUUUGACAGUUUCACUCCAUGUGAUGGAUUUGUGGAAGGUAUUGGUGCCCAAUGUGCUGUUGAAGGCAAAGGUACGAUCACCCUACGUAAUGGCCCUCACCGGCUCCAACUGGUUGGUGUGAGAUAUGUUCCACAAUCUCAAAAGAACCUUAUCUCAUUGCAGAAACUGGUGAACGUGGCGGGCAAUGUUACCAUGGGAAAGGAUUCGAUUGUUCUCAACAGUGUCGAAAUUGGCACUCUAUGCGCUAAUAAGCUAUAUAGAGCUACUUUCAAACCUACACCUUACUUUGCGGCUGCUCUAGCAGUCUCUCCAGGCUAUAUGCACCCCAGGUAUAAAUAUCCCUUCUCUGCUGUCUCUGAAUAA